CUGUUCCUUUCUCCAUCAAUCUCCAAAAGAAAAAUUUGCUGCUUCUUCAUAUAGAAUUCUCUUAUUACAUACAGAUUUGCGCAGCCGCAUAGAUCUCACUAUUUUAAGUCACUCUCUGGUUUUAAGUAAUAGAAAGCAAAGAGUGUUCAAAAGAAUGCUUAACUGAGCCACAUGCAAUGCAAUCCUAUUCAAAUAUCAUAUUUCACUUGUAGUCAAAAGGUGGAAUAUGUUUGUGUUAAAAGACAAUGACAUUUGGAAGGUGAUCAGAAAUGAGGGGAAAAUAUUAAAAGAAAAAAAAGGCCACAACACAUGUUUAUUUAGUAACCCAUCUUUGACUUUGGAUAACACCUACAGAAGAAUCCCCUUGAAUCCUAUUGCAGGAAUAUAGUUAUUAGUAUUGGGCAUUGCUUGGUCACCAAGUUUAAAGACCUCCACUAGCACCUUUCUUUCCAAGUUUGCAACUUCAUGGAUCCUGCACUGAGAUAUUGAAUGUACACCAUAAGCAUGUACAAAUAUGAGCAACUUGUUGCACACAGUCAUCUUCCAAAAUAAGCAUAUAGUUCUCUAAGGCAGGCUGAAGAGAUGCGGCGGGAAGGGCGCCAGCACGGCACGGUCCGGACUCACAUCCUCGACCCUUCUUUGGCUACCCGCCGGAUCCAGUCCAAGUCCAACGGCGCAAACCGGCUCGCAGGCCCUCCAGUAGCUGGAGUGUUUGCAAAAGUGCAAUCGAAACCGACCAACCAUUCCAAGUUCACGGGCCGGUGCCACGACGCAAUGUGCAUGUCGUGCCGCGACCAGCCCGUGCCAAAGUCGAAGGGCAAGGCGAAGGACGAUCGCAGGCCCAAGUGGACCGACUUGUGCUACGGCGACGGGCUUGAGUAUGCUGGAGGAGAGUGGGUGUUCAGGGACGACGACUACGACGAGCGCGCAGAGGAUGAGACGAUAGACGAUCAUUUGAUCGAAUCGGGAGCUGAAUUGGACCGUCAGGAGGAUCAGGCUCCGAUCGAACAGGCAUCGGAGAUUGCACCGGCAGUUUAUGAUCAGACUGAAGCUGAGGAUUGUGGAGAUUGGUUUCUAGUUGGAGAUAUGAUUGUUGACUCAGAUGUGUUAAGUGAUAUGUUAAGAGUGAGCACCGAUGGUGUUUCUCUACUUGAUUGUGAAAAAUAAGGUCUCUUGAAGAUCACACACUGAGUGAAAUAUAUUUGUAUGGGUUUUCUUUCCUUUCAUUCUUUUUUGUUUUUGUUAAAUUGGAAUCUGUAAAGUAUAUUUUGGAGAAUUGGUAACUUCUAUGAUUAUCCAUGAAUUCCAAUGAUCAGGUUUAAUAAA